AUGAAAUUAAAUCGUACACUGUUUUCGGUUGUUUUCCUUUCUUUAAUCGAAAGUGUGAUCUUAUUUACGCCAAUUGCUCAUUUUGGACAUUCAAUAGCCAUGCAUGAUGAUAGAUUAUAUUUUUUUGGUGGAUUUAUAAUUGAUCCAAUUGAUAAUACAGCAAAGUCAACAAACGAUUUAUUUUACCUGGACCUUUCGGUUGAAUUUGAUUUAGAUUCGGAGGAAGGACUUCCAUUUGUAGAUUUAACUAAUAAGUCGGGAAUACCGGUGAAAUCGAGUUGGUCAACAGGUUCACUUGGAGGAAAUUUUUUUUCAACCUUCUACUUAAUUGGAGGAAUCAUGAAAGACUUUUAUACUUAUGAAGACGUAAAUGAUUCCGUAAUAUAUGCUUAUGACCUGAAAACUGAACAAUGGUCAAUACCUGAAUUUAUCGUAAUUGAUAAUAAUAGAAAUGAAGUUGAUUUAAUAAACGAAUCUAAAUUACUACGACAAGAUUAUAUUCAAAGAAUUGUUGGAGCACAAUCUGUACAUGACGAAUUAGGAAAGAUUUAUGUGUUUGGUGGAAUGCAAUAUCCAAAUACGAAUGUUAAAUUCGGCGAUUUAAUUAUAUUUGAUAGCAAAAAUAUGAUUUGGAAUAUUUAUAAUGGCGGAGAAUUCCUUCAUACUAGAGUAGGUUAUACCGCAACACUUCUUCCUAAUGGAAUUAUUAUUUACAUUGGUGGAUUUCUCGAUGAUCUUGGUAACUCUGGUAACUUAACUCUGGUCGAAAUGAAUCAUAUUUGGAUAUUUGAAACAUCUACGCAAAAAUGGGUUCUUGAGACGGCCCAAGGAGAAAGAAUCGUCGGGAGAUACUACCACACGUCCGUGUUAACAUUUGACAGUAGAAUAAUUGUAUAUGGUGGAAUUACUACUGCAAAACAUGCCGCGUCGCCAGAUAUCGUCGUAUUGGAUACAACGGUGUAUCCUCUUCAAUGGAUAAUCCCGGAAGUUGGUGAAGAAAAUAAACCACCUUCGAGAGCAUCCCAUUCAGCCAUUUCAGUUGGCAAAUACAUGCUAAUAGCAUUCGGAAACUUGACGUCAGAAACAUCAACUCCAUCAAGUCCAGCCUCAGAUAUAAACGUUUUGGAUACAACGAGCUUCGAGUGGGUAACGAAAUAUUAUCCACGUUCUCAAAAUUCUGAUUAUCCAUCAAUUCAGAAUGAUGGAUUCAGUAUUGGAAUGUCAUCUACUGUUUGUAUUGUUGUUUCUAUAAGUAUUAUUGUGGGUGAAGAAUAUGACGUUGGUUUAGCUAUAGAAAUAUUACAAGGACUUAGAGAAA